UGGCAAAUUCUUUUCUGUUCGUACGACUGAUUGUUGUGUGACUCGCGAUCCGUCAGUCGUCCGAGUCUUAGAUCUUCGAUGAACGUCCGGCCGGACGGUGCGGAGCAAGCCAAAGUGCUGGAUUCAGGCGAGAAUCAGCUCGACUGAAAAGAAAUCUUCCCGUGUCUGACGCGUCCGAGAAUCCAAGGGCGAUGUCGACCGUCAUUCUGGCCGUGGUGGCCGUCAUCCUGUGCGUCCUCUUCAGGAUCCUCAACGUCAACAGCGAGCCUUCCAAGCCGGUGGUCUUCUGCAAGGACCUCAACUUCCUCGAGUCCAUCCUGAAAAUGGCGCCGCUGCUACAGGAGCCAUAUCAGCCGACAAGGCUGUGGGGCUUCAGCGGCCACGUCCAGACCGUGGUGCACAGCAUCAUCGGGCGAGUUCGUUGCCCGUGGCCGAUUGGAGAGCGGUGUGCAGUCAGCCUGGCCGACGGUUCCACCUUAACCUACGACGUGUACGAGCCGGUGGAAGGCAAGAGCAUCCCGCCUGAAGAGGACUUCACGCUGGCCAUUUGUCCUGGAAUCGGCAACACAAGCGAGUCCGUGUACAUCCGGACGUUCGUCCACCACGCGACCCACCAGGGUGGCUAUCGAUGCGCGGUGCUGAACCACGUCGGGGCGUUGACCAGCGUGCCUGUCACAGCCCCAAGACUGUUUACCUACGGCCACACGGAAGACUUUGACGUGAUGCUCAAACAAAUUUUGGAGCGCUGGCCGAACACGCGAAUCAUCGCGGUCGGUUUCAGCCUCGGUGGUAACCUGGUUACCAAGUACGUGGGGGAGCAACGAGUUCGACCUUCACAGCUGCUGGGUGCUAUCUCGGUGUGCCAGGGCUAUUGCGCUUUGGAAGGCACCAAGUGGCUUCUGAUGUGGCACAACUUCCGCCGCUUUUACCUUUACGCCAUGACUGAAAAUAUGAAAAGCAUUGUCCUGAGGCACCGCAAAACUCUGCUGUCCGAGGAGAUGAGGAAGAAACACAAGCUGAACGAGAGGGACAUUUUCUCAGCCGCUACCUUGCCUGAACUUGACGAAGCCUACACAAGGAGAGUUCACAACUUCAGCUCAGUUCGAGAACUCUACCAGUGGAGCAGCAGUGUCAACUACCUGAAGGACAUUCGCACCCCGAUCGUAUUCAUCAAUGCCAAAGACGAUCCAUUAGUGCCUGAGCCGAUGCUUUCUCCCAUCAGAAACUUUGCUGCCCAAAAAAAGCAAGUUCUUCACCUUGAAUUGGCGCAUGGCGGGCAUUUAGGUUUCUACGAAGGAGGUCUCUUGUACCCGAAUCCUGUCACGUGGCUGGACCGAGCUCUAGUGGCCUUAACAGCGGGACUGAUCCAGACUUCCCUGAAAACGACUUGACUGGGCAUUCCAGAUAAUCUUCAUGUUAUCUAGACCAACUGCUUCUGUGUGAAAUGUAAUCACUGUAGUGUAAGUUGAAAUAAUUAUUCUUGGGAAUCAUUGCAUUUUAGCCAACGUGCAUGUGAGAAGCGAAACAAUUAUUGCUGGCGUGUGAUUUGUAUACAUAUAAAUGAAAAGCAGGGAAUAAAUCUAAAGAACAGUCUUGACAGUAAUUAAAAAAUGCUCUAGUGUGGAAGUAUUUCAACUUGGAAAUUAACAAAGUUGCCGAUUUAGUUCUUGGACGAACUUUACUUUUGGGCUGCUGCUCUGGAGCGUGUGUAAAAAUUUUAACAUGACACUGCAGUGUCUUCAUUAACUGGCGUUUGCCUUGAUUAAAUCAUAAUUUGAAUCCUUACCAAUGUUAAUGUAUCCUAAUCUGAUAUGUCAGUUUUAAACAGUCGGUCACUUUGCUGGACAAAGUGAAUAAUAUCCUCAAUGGUUAUUAAAUAGUACAGUAAAUAAUAUUUAUAUGUUCUGAUCCCAUCAUUGUACCAAUAUCAUUCCAGCUGAAUAUUUAGACGCUCAAAUCUUUCAAAACAGACAAUAACAACUGAUUUCUCUAAUAUUCCUCUUCAACCUUUCAACUUGCUGUAGCGAAAAUAGUUUUUUUUUUAUAUAAUAGGUAAAAGUCAUUUAUUUUUAAUGUAAAUAUGUGUUUUUUUUUUGCAUUUCACCAACUAUAGCAAUUCUUUUUUGAAUGUGAUUUUAAUUUAAAUGCAUAUCCAGCUUUGUAAUAAAUCUAUGGAAUUUAUUUACAACCAGCGCACUAUGGGGUGCCAAAACGAAUUAGAUGUAAAAAUUUUUCUUUUCACUCUGGUCAUAGUGUAUAAAAACUCAUAUUGUUUGCAUUUUCAGUCUUGCGCAUUUCACUCCUAAACCCUUGAAUCACGAACCUAGGAAUAUGUAAUGCUAAAAUUUUUGUACUU